GCUGCUAGCAGAGCUAGCUUAUUGUUGUUCUGGUGUGUGAGGAGAAUAUUUGUGGCUCUGCAGUAAAAAUGUCUUCACUUCAGUCUCUGGGAGAGUUGAUCAGCUAAAGCGACUAACUGCUGCUGCUGCAGAAAUCUUCUCACCAGGCUGUGGAAACUUUCUUCUCCUCCUCAACAACUUGGUGGAGUUCUUUCCAGAACCAGAGAAGAUAUUCUGCGGUCUUCGUGACAAUCGGAGCUCCAGAAUCAGGUUGUGGCUGUUAGCUAAACACGGCUAAAGAAAACCUGCUACCACUUCAGGAUCAUCCAUCAGCUGGGACUGAUUCAUCGUGUGUUCUUCACCACCUGGACCUGGACAGCAUGGACACAGGUUUUCAACAGGUGGUUCUGGUUAAAUAAGAAGCUUCAGAAGAACUGAGUGCUCGUGUCAACUACCAGCACUUAGAUUUCCUCCACAAAAAGGAGGAACAGGAGAAACUCUGGUCUAAUAUGGAGGGAGAGCAACUCCAUUUGAAUAAGGAGACUGAUGCUGCCAGGUGUCAAUCCCUUAGCCAUAAAACACAUUUAAACAAACACACGAGAGUCCACACAAAACAGAAGCCUUUUGCAUGUGAGCUCUGUGAAAAGAGAUUUAUCCAAAAGUCAAAUUUAAACAGUCACAUGAGAGUCCACACAGGACAGAAGCCUUUUGCAUGUGACCUCUGUGGAAAAAGAUUUAGCCAAAAGUCAACUUUAAACAGACACAUGAGAGUCCACACAGGACAGAAGCCUUUUGUUUGUGAGCUCUGUGAAAAGAGAUUUAGCCGAAUGCCAACUUUAAAAAGUCACAUGAGAGUCCACACAGGACAGAAGCCUUUUCCGUGUGACCUCUGUGGAGGAAGAUUUAGCCUGAAGUCAACUUUAAACCGUCACAUGAGAGUCCACACAAGACAGAAGCCUUUUGUCUGUGAGCUCUGCGGAAAAAGAUUUAGCGGAAAGUCAACCUUAAACAGUCACAUGAGCGUCCACACAGGACAGAAGCCUUUCGCCUGUGAGGUCUGUGGAAAAAGAUUUAGCCAAAAGUCAACUUUAAACAGUCACAUGAGAGUCCACACAGGACAGAAGCCUUUUCCGUGUGACCUCUGUGGAAGAAGAUUUAGCCUGAAGUCAACUUUAAACAGUCACAUGAGAGUCCACACAGGACAGAAGCCUUUUCCGUGUGACCUCUGUGGAGAAAGAUUUAGCCUGAAGUCAACUUUAAACCGUCACAUGAGAGUCCACACAAGACAGAAGCCUUUUGUCUGUGAGCUCUGCGGAAAAAGAUUUAGCGGAAAGUCAACCUUAAACAGUCACAUGAGAGUCCACACAGGACAGAAGCCUUUUGCCUGUGAGCUCUGUGAAAAGAGAUUUAGCCUAAAUGCCCAUUUAAAUAGUCACAUGAGUGUCCACACAGGACAGAAGCCUUUUGUUUGUGAGCUCUGUGAAAAGAGAUUUAGCCUAAAGUCAACUUUAAAUAGUCACAUGAGUAUCCACACAGGACAGAAGCCUUUUGCAUGUGAGCUCUGUGAAAAGAGAUUUAUCCAAAAGUCAAAUUUAAACAGUCACAUGAGAGUCCACACAGGACAGAAGCCUUUUGCAUGUGACCUCUGUUCAAAAAGAUUUAGCCAAAAGUCAACUUUAAACACUCACAUGAGAGUCCACACAGGACAGAAGCCUUUCGCCUGUGAGCUCUGUGAAAAGAGAUUUAGCCGAAUGCCAACUUUAAAAAGUCACAUGAGAGUCCACACAGGACAGAAGCCUGUGGGGAAAAAAAUUGGCCACAAGACAGCUUUAAAUAAUCACAUGAGUUAGGGGUUGGCAAUAUAAACAAUAUAAGGUAGAAACGAUAUAAAAUUGGGUAAUGAUAAGUUUUUGGCUCUACCGCGAUAUCACCAUAACACAUGAUGUCACUAAGAUGUGCACCCGUGCCGACAUUGGAACAACAGAAUGGCAGUGACUGCAAGCAUGUAGCGGGAGGAGGAGGAGCAUUCUACACUUUUUGGACGUCUUUAUUCUGCUGCAAUAUAUUUUCCAUAAGAGGAUUUUUUAAAGCAUGUCAUUCUGACAUAUAUAAACAAAGGAAAAAAUAUAUCGCAGUAUAUAUCGUAAUCGCACAUGCUUCAGAUAUAUCGCAAUAUAGAUUUGAGGCCAUAUCGCCAGCCCUAACAUGAGUGUCCACAAAUGACAGAAGCCUUUUGCUUGUGAGCACUGUAGACGAAGAUUUAGCCAAAAGAAAACUUUAAACAAUCAUCUAAGCAUCCACUAGGGCUGAAUGAUCUAUUGCAGGAGUCUCCAACCUUUUUUGGCCUGUGAGCUACUUUUACACAAUGAAAGUACAGCAGAGUUACUGCCAUAUGAUUUAUUUACAUUGAUGUGUGAAUGUGCUUAUGUUAAACAUGCUAUACUUACUAUAUUAACAUGCAUUGUAUUCACAAGUUGAUUUCUCUGUAUUUCAGUACAUCAGUAUAUAUUUUUAAGUAUAAGUAAACUAGUGACAUUCUGAAAACCAAAUUAAACCAAACAUAUUUAGUUUUUUAAACUAAUCAAAUACUUUCAGAUAAUGAGUAACAAAUCGACUUCAUGUGAAUGUUUUGGUAAUUUUUUUUAGAAGGCUAGUAACAACUUUUUGAGCACACAGGAACCGCUAACCUGUAAAGCUGAUGAUAUUUGAUAUAAAAUACAAGCUAAAUGUGAUGAAAACACAAAAUUGUAAAUAGUCUGAAUUGAAGUAAAACAUGUAAAAUCACAA